UAAUUACACAACCAGAAGUUGAUCAGCCCAUUAAAUUACAAUAGUUUGAAAUUGCAUUAGAAGUUGAAGUAGUAGAGAGACGCUGUUUAUUCACUCCCUUCUCUUCACAUUGAAAUGGCUACACAACCUGAAUUUGAACAUCCUAACAAAGCCUUUGGUUGGGCAGCUAGAGAUCCUUCCGGUGUUUUCUCACCUUUCAAUUUCUCUAGAAGGGAAACAGGUGAGAAAGAUGUAGCAUUCAAGAUAUUGUAUUGUGGGAUAUGUCACACUGAUCUUCAUAUGGCCAAAAAUGAAUGGGGCGAUUCCAUCUAUCCACUUGUUCCUGGGCAUGAGCUUGUGGGUGUAGUAACUGAGGUUGGAAGCCAAGUAGAAAAGUUUAAAGUUGGAGACAAAGUAGGUGUGGGCUACAUGAUUGAUUCAUGUCGAUCGUGCCAAAAUUGUGAUGACGAUCUUGAGAAUUACUGUCCCCAAUAUACAGCCACAUCUAGUGCCAAGUAUCAUGAUGGCACUGUCACAUAUGGAGGAUACUCCGACUCAAUGGUUGCUGAUGAACACUUUGUGAUUCGCAUUCCUGAUAGUUUAUCUCUUGAUGUUGCUGCUCCUCUCCUUUGUGCCGGAAUCACAGUGUAUAGUCCUCUUAGAUAUUUUGGACUAGACAAGCCUGGUAUGAAUAUAGGUGUUGUUGGUCUUGGUGGACUUGGUCAUAUGGCUGUGAAAUUCGCCAAAGCUUUUGGUGCUAAUGUCACAGUAAUUAGUACUUCGCCUAACAAAGAAAAGGAAGCAAUAGAACGCUUAGGAGCUGACUCAUUUCUGAUAAGCCACAACCCAAAUCAAAUGAAGGCUGCAAUGGGUAGUUUGGAUGGUAUUAUUGACACAGUUUCAGCAGAUCAUCCUCUCUUACCACUGAUUGGUUUAUUGAAAUCUCAUGGAAAACUUGUAAUAGUUGGUGUAGUAGUAAAGCCUCUAGAGCUUCCUGUAUAUGCUUUACUUGGAGGGAGAAAAUUAGUAGCUGGGAGUAAUAUUGGAGGGAUAAAGGAGACUCAAGAAAUGAUUGAUUUUGCUGCAAAACAUGAUGUGAAACCUGAUAUUGAGGUUGUUCCAAUUGAUUAUGUUAACACUGCAAUGGAGCGUCUCGCUAAAGCAGAUGUGAAAUAUCGAUUUGUGAUUGAUGUUGGAAACACAUUGAAACCAAGCUCUUAAUCUUUGCAGGAUUUAUUCAUAGAAUGUUUCAAGGGUGGACAAUUAAUAACAAAAUGUAUGACUUUCAUUACCACUUGCCAAGGAUACUUUAGAUUUCCAUCUUCAUUAUGUUGUUGUGAUGAGUAAUAUUCAUGGAAUGUUUUUGUUCUGACGGUUCAUCAUGUUAUUUUUUAUCAAGAAUAUUGGCUUUUAAGAGUGUAAGUUUCAACCAAAUGCAUCAUAUAAAGGGUUGUUGGUUUCA